AUGAAAAAUCCGAUCUGGUUCAUUUUCUGGCUUUUGAUUUUAAUUUUCAUUUCCUUUUUUGUGGCUUUCCUGGGUGCAUUUUUUUAUAUAUUCCUAUAUAUGCUUGAAGCCUGUUGUGGUUGCUGGAAUGGAAUCAAUAAUUUUCUGCUGAAGUGCAUUCAAUUUCCUCAUUUCUGUGCCGAAGCUAUGCUGCAAUGCAGGUCUCCAUGUUAAAAGAAAAACAUUUAGUAUAAUACUUGUGUAUGCUCAUAUUUCUAUA